AUGUCUGAGGAUGUUCGGACUGUCAAUGAGGAAAACUCCGAUAAAAACCAACCCGUGCUGGAUAUUAGUAAGGAGAUCUCUAAAUUGCGCCAACGCGAUCUGGCUAUCACUCAGCUCCUGCAAGAGGCCAUUGAGAAGGCCAAUGGUCGGAAUGCGGAAGGAUACGGACCGCCCAGCCAUGACCAGGAGGCUGCUGCAGAUGAGGCAAUUGAACGACUCUGCCUUCGUUGCCACAACCUGGAGACUCGCUUAGCGGAAAAACAGGCAAUGCUCUCCUCCGUUACCAACGAGCAGGAAACCACCUCCCAGAUAGGUACUGAAGUGGGUAACCCUUCUGCAGGCCAGGAGAAGGCUGAUCAUCAACCCAGUCCGCAGGAAAAAGAGCAAGAGAGUGCAGAGGAUGCCCUUUCAGACAUGCAGUCCCGUUACUCAGCAUUGAAUGCUCUCUAUGAAGCUGCCCUCAAACGGUAA